AGUGUUUGACAACCCUGCUGUUCGCUAGUUUGUUAGUCUGUCAAAAUUUGUCGAAAUUUGUCGACAAAAUCAUCACUGUGUUGGUAUUCAAUAGGUUGUUGUGUAUUAUUUAGAUCAACGCGUGCAAUUCCUUUAGUUCCAAAAUACAGCAAUAUGAGCACACCGGAGUUGAGCGACGUCGACAUGCUGGUAGCCAAGAAUGAAAAUGAAGGAAAAGAAGAAGACGAAACCAAAAGCAAGCACAAAAAAACUAAAUUAAAGAAGACUCACAAACACAAGAAAAAAGAUGAAAAGCCAAAGAAAAAGAAACGUAAACAGAAGAGGGAUCAAAGUUCAGAUGAAUCUGAAAAUGAUGAACAAAAAAGGAAGAAAAAGAAAAAGAUAAAAAAGGGAGAAUCUGAUGUGGAAACUGAACCUGCAAAAGCAAGGAAAACUCUGAAAAAUGGAGUGGAAAAUGGAAAAUCUCAAGAAAUUACCCUUGUAGAUUUGGAAGAAGAAUUGAAUCUGGAAGAACUAAUGAAACAAAAGGAGCUGCUGCAAGCUAGACUUGGUGCUUACGAUUCUUCUUGCUCUGACACCGAAACCAAAACGAUCGAAGUAAAAACUACUGAAAAACUACGAGACAAAUUGAAAGAAAUCGAAGUUUUAACCGAAACGCGAAAUAAGGAAUCUCGCUUAAUUCGGGAUAAAGAACGGAUAAGAGAAAGGGAGUCAGAGCCAGAACGCAGUAGAGAAAAAGAACGAGAACCUGGACGGGACCGUGAAAGAGAAAAAGGAAAAGAACGAGAUCGAGAAAAAGAAAGAGAUCCUGGACGAGAAAGGGAUAGAGAAAAGGAGAAAGAAAGAGAAAAAGAACGAGAAAAGAGAGAACAGCGAGAUCGACAACGUGAGCGCGAGGAAAGAGAAAGGAAAGAUCAACGUGAACGAGAGGAAAGAGAAAGAAGGGAAAGAGUCGAGCGCGAAAGAAGAGACCGAUCUAAAGAGAGACGAGAUAGAAGAGACAGAGAUAUGCGGUCGAAGCGCGAGAGAGAAGACCGAGAUCGAAGAAUGCGUGAUCGUGACAGAGGUCGUGAACCAGACAGACGAGAUCGCCAAACUAGAGAAAAUGAACAAGAUCGUGAAAGAGAUCGUAAUAGAGACUGGAACAGAGAUAGGCCGAGAAGAGAUGAUCACAGAGAUCGGCCAGGUAAAGAAGAUCAAAGGCGUUCUACGAAGAAUGGAGAAUCUAGCAAGCCAAACGAGUCAUCAUCGGAAGAUGUUCCACUGGAUAUUGAAUUUGAGGAUGAAGAAGAAGACGAGGAUAAGAUUAUUGAGCAACGCCGUAAACAGAGGGAGGAGUUGCUUAAGAAACUGGGAGCUCCUUCAGAAGACUCCAGCCAGUCUUGGAAUGUAGAGGGCUACGUAUCUGGAACAUCGUCACCUUUCAAAGAAGUGCUAAACGAAGGCGGAGAAGAUUCUAUGAUGAGCACUCCUAACAUGUCGUUUGAUUCUCCUAUCAUCGUGACAAAAAGCAGCUUUAGUGAUGUGGAUAGGCAGAAAGAUUCUAUCAGUGGUGAACCAUCUGGAAAAACUGACAGUCAAACGGAUACCAGGGAAGCGAAGCUUGAGGAAGAGAAGCGUGCUAAAAAGAGAGACAUGUUCGCUCCGGAAGCUGAUAUGUUUGCGGAAGAGUACAGUAGUCCUGCUACCGCUAUGGAACAAAUGAAACGCGUGUCAGACAACCCUAAUCUAACUGACAACUGGGACGACGCCGAAGGUUAUUACAGAGUUUGCAUAGGAGAGACUUUGGAUGGGCGAUACUCUGUAUAUGGUUACACGGGCCAAGGUGUAUUUUCGAAUGUAAUUCGUGCAAGAGAUCAACUUCGAGCUGGCCAAGAAGUGGCAAUCAAGAUUAUUCGCAACAAUGAGAUCAUGCAUAAAACUGGGCUCAAAGAACUGGAGAUUUUGCGAAAGCUCAACGAUGCCGAUUCGGAAGACAAACAUCAUUGCGUUCGACUUUUUCGACACUUUUUCCAUAAACAGCAUUUAUGCUUGGUCUUUGAGCCGUUAGCUAUGAAUCUGAGAGAGGUUUUGAAAAAAUACGGCAAAGAUGUCGGGCUCAAUAUCAAAGCCGUCCGAUCUUACAGUCAGCAACUUUUCCUAGCGCUUCGGCUUCUUAAAAAAGUCAAUAUUCUGCAUGCUGAUAUCAAACCAGAUAAUAUUUUAGUUCAUGAAAAUAAAGUAAUGUUGAAGUUAGGUGAUUUCGGAUCAGCAUCUCACGUUGCCGAAAAUGAAAUCACGCCUUAUUUAGUCAGCCGUUUUUAUCGAUCUCCUGAGAUUAUUUUAGGAAUGCCAUAUGAUUAUGGCGUUGAUGUCUGGUCUUUGGCUUGCACCAUAUAUGAGUUGUACACUGGUAAAAUCUUGUUUCCUGGUAAUUCAAACAACCAGAUGCUGAAGCUGUUCAUGGAUUUAAAAGGGAAAUUUCCUAACAAAUUGAUCAGAAAAGGAGCCUUUAAAGAUCAGCACUUCGAUUCCAGUUUUAAUUUUCUAUCCCGCGAGGUGGAUAAGCUGACAGAAAGGGAGAAAGUAGUUAUUAUGUCUACAGUAAAUCCAAUACGUGAUUUGCAAAAUGAAUUAAUCGGGGGUCAACAUUUACCUGACGACCAAUACCGAAAAGUCCUGCAAUUACGGGAUAUGCUAGACAAAUUUCUAAUGCUCGAUCCAACUAAACGAUUAACGAUCCACCAAGCGUUAACCCACCCAUUUGUGACGGAAAAGAUUUAGAAUUCUUGAAUUCGACAUCUCAUGGCUUGGAGAUUAUUCGCCAUUCGGUGGAUAUUUGAUGAACUUCGAUUUAGUUCAAUACUUUCUUUCGCUCCACUAUUCCCUUAUCUAGCCUACUCCUGGAUUUUGAAUGAAUCGAAUGGUUUGACAAUACACCAUGUAGUUUAAU